GCGUCUAAGUUUAUUUCCUCCGGUUCUUCCAAUAGGCUACACCGGCCAGUACUGCGAGGUGAAUCCAGAUGACUGUGCAGGACACCAGUGCCUCAACGGUGGCACCUGCCAGGAUGGCAUUGGGUCAUAUGCUUGCCACUGCCUCCAAGGCUGGACAGGGCUUCUUUGCCACCUGCAUGAUGCUUGCCUCAGCAAUCCAUGCCAUCCCGAUGCCCACUGUGACACGGACCUCCUAACUGGCCAUGCCAUCUGCACAUGCCAGCUGGGUUAUGCUGGAGCUCUAUGCUAUGAAGACAUUGACGAGUGCCGGAUGGGGAGCAACCCAUGUGAACACGGAGGAAGCUGCUACAACACGCCUGGCUCAUUCACCUGCUCCUGCCUCAGGGGCUACACAGGCUCCCGAUGCGAAUCUAACAUCAAUGAGUGCCUCAGCCAGCCUUGUCAGAAUGGGGCUUCCUGCUUGGACCUGUUGGACUAUUUCCAGUGCCUCUGCCCAUCUGGCUUCAGCGGGCCAUUCUGUGAAGUUGAGGAGUGCAUCCAAGACCAUUGUCUGAAUGGGGGGACCUGUGUCCUCCAGAGCCAUGGAACUGCCUGCCUGUGUCCUCCUGGUUUCGAGGGACUUCAGUGCGAGACAGAUACUGAUUUCUGCCGCGGUGCCCCUUGCGAGCACGGAACCUGUGUGAAUGCCCCCGGCUCCUUCACAUGUGUUUGCGCUGUGGGAUUCACAGGACCUCUCUGCAAGGAAUUCAGUGACCCUUGCUGGAAGUUUCAGUGCCUUAACGGAGGCAGUUGCCAUGGGACAGAAUCCGGACCACUUUGUACGUGUUCGCCAGGUUGGACUGGCCAGAACUGUGACGCAGAGGUAGACGCCUGCACUUCCAGCCCGUGCCACCAGAGGGCCACCUGCCUGAGCCGCCAGGGAGCCUUCCGCUGUCUCUGCCCCGGCGGCUACGUAGGGCCGACGUGCGAGGCAGAUGUAGACGAGUGCUCGUCCAGCCCCUGUUGGAAUUCUGGCACUUGCCUGAACAGCCCUGGAGGUUUCCACUGCCUCUGCUCCAGGGGUUACACCGGACCCAAAUGUCGGGUUACCCUGGACCUUUGCUCAGCCCACCCCUGCAAGAAUGGCGGCCGAUGCGUAGUGAAGGAGUCUGCGCCCCACUGCCUCUGCCCUCCAGGAUGGGGUGGCCCUCAGUGCCAGCAGAGGGCAAAUCAGAACAGAGACAACUGCACGGAUCAGGCUGGAAAAGGCGGCUGCCAGGAAAAAGGUCCUAAUCGUAAGAUCAGUUCGACAGUGGAACCGAGUGCCGAGGGAAACGGUGGGCUCCCCUUUGCUGAACGUGUUCAUGCAGAAACUGACCAGCCAUCUUGCCCACCAACAGAAAAGUGCCUAAACGGAGGAACCUGUACCAAGACAGCAGAUGGUUUUCAAUGCUUGUGUCCACCAGGAACAAAAGGUCCCCGUUGCAACUCGGACGCCUGCUCGCUUCUCGGCACCCCCUGCUACUAUGGCGGGACCUGUGUGGCUCAGCCUGAAGGGUUUUCGUGCAUCUGCCCCGCUGGGUAUGUGGGGGAGAGGUGUCAGGGAGUGGUGGACGCCUGCUUCUCCCAGCCUUGCCGCCCACCCGGCUCCCAGAGCUGCCAGUCUCACGAACAUGGCUUCCAGUGUCUAUGCAACCCUGGAUAUUCCGGGCUUCUGUGUGAAUCUGUGAUUGACAGUUGCCAGUCAAAUCCUUGCCUUAAUGGGGGAAGCUGUAGUGUGAUGCUCAGGAACCCUCUUGAAUUCACCUGCCACUGUCUACAGGGUUUUGAUGGAUCCACUUGUGAUCUGCCUGCACCACCUUGUGGAUCCUCAUACUGCCACAACGGAGGAACUUGCAUUGCUCGUCCAUCUGGACCUCGAUGUCUCUGCAAGGAAGGCUUCUCUGGACCAGACUGCCAGCAGCCUCCGUGUUCCCCAGCUUCCUGCCCUGCUGCCAAUGCCACUGUACUCUCCAGGUGCCCACCCUUGGCAGGAGAUGCCCACUGUGACCGGGUCUGCAGCUCUCCGGAGACCAGCUGGGAUGGGGGGGACUGUGCGCUGGGGUUGCUCGAUCCUUGGAAGAACUGCCCGAAGCGAGAGCUGUGCCAGGGGGCAUUCCGGGAUGGGCACUGCCAGCCCCCUUGUGACAAUGAGGACUGCCUAUAUGAUGGGUUUGACUGCAUCCCACAGAAGGAGUGCAACCCUUCCUACGCGCGAUAUUGUUGGGACCGCUUCUCGGAUGGACACUGCGACAGAGGCUGCCACUCGGCAUCCUGUGGUUGGGAUGGUGGGGACUGCGCAUCUUCUGUUCCACCGGCAGAGUCCGUGUUGGCCCUGGUGGUCCUGCUGUCCCAGGAGAGCCUGCCGGAGCUCCUGCGUUCCCUGGUCGCCGCUACACGGGCAGCACUACGAGUUCAACGGGACCGUCAGGACCAGGAGCGGAUUUACCCUUACACAGGGAAAGAAGAGUUGGGGAGCCAGAGCAACUGGACAGGGGUUCAGAGAAAAGCUUUGCCAGAGACUAUUGGAUACACCAUCUUUCUGGUUGUGGACGGGAGUUCAUGCUCAGGGCAGUGCCCCACUUCUGCCAGAUCUGUCCUGAACCUUCUGGCCUCCUUGAUGGCCAAGGGGAUUUUGUCGUCCUUGGUCCCACGCCAAGUGGUAGCAGCCUGGCUUGAAGCGGUAGAAAAUGAUCCGCAGGCCUCCGUCUCCCAUUUUUCUGGGCCUCUCAUUUAUUGUGUGGGUGCUGGGGCACUGGUGGUAGCCCUGGUUAUUUUUAUCGGCGUGUGGAGAGUCCGUCGGCCUCAGCAUCGGGAGCAUGGAUCUCUCUGGCUCCCGCCGGGGUUUGCACCACGCCAAGGGAAGAAGCGUCGCUGUCGGAGGGAACCGGUGGGCGAAGACGCAAUUGGACUGAAGCCAACAAAACUCAGUGCUGACUUUGCAGAGGAUCCUGAUACCUUCUCCAGCCCCCAUUUUGAUGGGCCUUUGAACCCCAAAGAUAUAAAGGAGGAUCUUGAUUCCAUCCGCAUCUCAGAUCAAGGCCAUGUGAGGCCAAAGAAACAGAUAUUGUGCAACGCAUCGGUCCCAAUCUUGGAGAAGGAUACCAGGCCAAAAGGAGCCAGAAAUCAAGAGCCAGUUUGUGGCCUGACCCCACCGAUGCCCUUGGCUUGUUCUUCUGGGUUGGAGAUGGAGAGCUCCUGGACAGACAGGCAGACGGAGAACUCUGGGGAGACACCUCUUCACCUAGCUGCUCGAUACUCCCGUGCAGAUGCUGCCCGCAGACUCCUGACAGCUGGAGCUGAUGUUAAUGCCCGGGACCAGUGGGGACGGACCCCCUUGCAUAGUGCAAUAGCAGCUGAUGCUCUGGGGGUAUUCCAGAUCCUUCUCCGGCACAGACAGACAGACCUGGAUGCUUUGGCGGACGAUGGCACCACCCCACUCAUUCUUGCCACGCGGCUUGGGGUCGAAAAUAUGGUGGAAGAGCUGGUGGCCAAUCACGCAAACAUCCAAGCCGUAGAUAAGAGAGGGAAGAGCGCUCUCCACUGGGCUGCAGCAGUCAACAACAUUCCAGCCACCCUCGUUCUGCUCAGAAAUGGAGCUGACAAGGACAUUCUGGACAACCAGGCACAGACCCCGCUGUUCCUGGCUGCCCGGGAGGGAAGCUACCAAGUGGUGUGUCUUCUUCUGCAACAUGGCGCCAAGCGGAACCUCCGAGAUCAUAUGGGUCGUCUCCCCAAAGAUGUGGCACUGGAGCGCUUGCACCACGACAUCCUCUCCCUCUUGGACAGACCCUGCCCCUCUCAUGGGACUGGUCAGCUUUCACCACACAGGCCCCGCCCACAGCCUUCAUUCAAAUUGCACAGAUGGCCACGCCCACCCAACCAUUCCCAGCUAACUCCUGUUCCAGAGAACGAGGGAUCUUUCAAGGAGGCUAUCCCGUCAGAAGAGGCCAUGGGGCAGGCAGUGGAGUGACUCCUCGCCCUCUAUGUGAGGACACUGUGGGUCAGCGAUGACUGCCUUGGCCAAAGAAGUAGCUUUCCCCAGUGAAGUGUGCAGGGUGGAAUACCCAGGGGCAAUGUGGAGAGAUGAAGAUGUUCCAGCAGUGACAUCAAGUACUCCAGAUGUUUCUGCUGUGACAUGUGGGGAUGUGAUACAACUUGACUUGGAUCCUAAGGUCAUCUUAUAACAUCUGAAGCAUAUAGAGGGCAGUUCAUCACACUUUGCUAGACAAUCUUCCCCAGAACAUCUUCCAGAUGUGUUGGACUUCAACUGUCAGAAUAUGGCUGGUGAUCCUGGCAGCAAGGUCCCAGCCCAUCUGGCAAGCAGCAGAAUGGGAAAGGUCAGUAUAUAGCCACUGAGUUGGAAGUCUCUUCAAACUCAGAGGGACUUAAGAUACAGGCUAAGUCUUCAGAGUUGGCCUCUUUUCCAGAGGUGCAGUGAAGGAUUGCAUAACCUUCCAAUUUAGGCUGCUGAGAAUUCUGGAAGUUGAAGUCGAACAUAUAUGGAGGUUCUCCAGCUAGAAAAAGCAGAUGUAGGAUGGAAAUGGAUAAUCACAAGCUAGAACGUUCAAUCAAACCUUCCAUCCCAUUUUUCUGAUUUGUAAUUCCAUCGUGUAUUGAUGCAACUCAGCUCACCUUCCACUGAGAAUGUGUCAGGUAGAGUUGUCUAAAGAUUGGAAUAUUGUUACCAAUUAUACUCAUUGUGCAAAAGCCUAGAGUCACAAAGUAAAGCUAAAACUCCCUCAAACUGAAUUUGGUUCCUGGUGAUUACAUUUUCCUCAGGUGGAAGCAGUUUGUGGAAAGGUGAAAGAAGGUAUGUGACUGGGAGAAGUGAAGAAAUAUUCCCUUCUGUUGCCAGAAUGUAUUUAAGUCCUUAUACAGUAUACCUUUAUACCUGUCUCCAGAAUAAGGAUACUUGGUGAAAAUAUCAGGAGUGUCCAUGGGGUGGGUCAAAAAAGUCAAGAUGGCAGUUGCGAUCAAAGUCCAAUCCCUUCUUCAUAUGCCACCAUCUUGACUUUUUAGACACACGAACAUGUCCCAUGUUCAACUCCCAGUGAAAACCCCUGGGAGGUCUCAGUGCUAUCGGUCCACAAACAUGGAAAACACAGAAUCUUUCCUCCCUGGGGGGAAUUUUCUGACGAGAGCCAGAAGGUGGAAAAAGCAUCACGAGAACAGCCCCCAAGUUGGUUGUUCUAGACAUAAGACAAUGCCUGUCCCAUCCCUAUUCUAGUCCUCAGAUGAGACCUGGUUUUAUCCUGUAAUAAAAGCUACAUCUGGAAACACCUUACAACUCAUUCCCUGAAAAGAAGAACCCUCUGCAUUUGGGACCUUCUCAAGAACGUGCUCUCCUAGCGUUCCCUCUAAGCCAGGGAAGUAGAUGUGCAGAUCAUGAUGUCUUUUGAGCAGCUGGACAACCCUUGGCUGGAGGCGGAGGGGGUAGUUAUUAAAAGUGCAUACCAUAAUUUACAAGUCAUACUGCACCUCUAUCCUCAGUCACCAUGCAUGGCCAAUGGACCAUCUGCGCUGCAGGCUUCCAGAGUCCUUAGGGUCAACUAAUUCAAUUAGCCCUGGUCUCUUAAAACUUCUUGCAGCUUUAAAUUUCUUAAUAUCAUCGUGAUUGUACUAUAUGUUUUGACAUCUUGGUGGGCUCAAAGUUAAAAUGUUUAAGUCACACACUACUGAUCUGUAGCAGCUUACACUCCUCCCCUCCUCCUCCACAGCUUUCCCCUUUGCUUCAAUUCCUCUUUCACCCUGCUUGGUUCCUCCUUCAGCCUGGAAGAUCUGUGGGCUUCAGCUUAGCUCCUGGGUGAGAAAUAUUUCUCUCCCCUCACCUUUCUCCUUGUGUUGGUUACUCCUUUGCAAAAACACACUUAGUUAGUGCAUAACAAAAGCAACUGAGAUGUCAUAUGUCAGUGUGGAGGGAUUGGGGGGAUUGUGGGAGGGAACAUUUACAUCCACCGGUGGGAUCAGAAGGCUCAGCUUGUUGAUAGCAGCAUAUACACUCGUAGACUUGGGGUAUGUUAAAAAACAAAAAACCUUACAGAUUUAUUGUGGCAGGGGUCAAUGCCACAAUAAACCCCACUAGCUGUUGAAAACGCUGCAGGCCUUUGUUGAAAGAGAAGUGAGAGGCAGUGACUCUCUCCUCAUUUACAAAAGGCGGGUCAAACUAAGAAGAAUAUAAAAAGUAAAGGGGAAAAAAAGUAAA